AUGGACAUCAGAGAGAAGAAUUUUGGGUCUGAUGUACGUCAAAAGAUUGAGCCCUUCUUUCAGGUGAGCAAAAUCAGUCUUGUCGAUUUGGCCGGCAGUGAAAGAGCCGACGCGACAGGAGCUACAGGGGCACGACUCAAAGAGGGCGCCAAUAUAAAUAGAUCCCUCACCACGCUAGGCAAGGUCAUUGCCUGCCUGGCUGAGAUGGCGACAUCGAAAAAGAAAAAGAAAAGCGAUUUUAUUCCUUACCGAGAUUCGGUUCUUACCUGGCUCCUUCGCGAAAAUCUGGGUGGCAAUUCGCGAACAAUGAUGCUGGCUACGCUCUCGCCGGCAGACGUGAAUUACGAGGAAACGCUGUCAACUUUGCGCUACGCUGACAGGGCCAAACAGAUUGUCUGCAAAGCGGUCAUCAAUGAGGAUCCCAAUGCCCGCAUUAUUCGAGAACUCAAACUGGAGGUGGAACAACUUCGAGCCCUCUUACGUUUGGAAAAAGGUGUCACGAUUACAGGUACUGCUGACGUACCCGCGAAAAUGGAAACAAGUCUGGAGCUAAGGGAGUACGAAGCACGCAUCGAGGAGUUGCGAGCUUCAGAAAAAUUGCUGGCUGAACUCAAUGAGACGUUGGAGAUGAAAUUAAAGAAAACAGAGGCGCUACGAGCUCAAAGGGAACAGGAAUUGCGAGGAAUGGGCAUCGCCCUCCAUGCCGACGGCGCGCUAACAGGAGUUUUCGCCCCUAAGACGCCAAAUCUGGUAAAUUUAAACGAGGAUCCAACCAUGUCUGAGUGCCUGAUAUACUACUUAAAACAGGGCAAGACUCGAUUGGGUCACCUCAACGAAGGGGACGAUCUUGACAUUGGUCUGCUUGGAAAUUUUAUCAAACCGCAUCAUUGCAACUUUAUGCUGAAAGACAAUGUUGUUGCCAUUGAGCCGAUUGGUGGAGCUGAAUGCUACCUCAAUGGCAGUCUCAUUUCAAGUGCCACGGAAUUGCACUCGGGCGAUCGUGUCAUUCUGGGGAAAAAUCACGUCUUUCGGUUUAACAAUCCACUCACUCGUCGUGAACGGAAGGCAAACGGUACUGACGAUAUGACCACGAGCUUCUCAGAGACGGUGGAUUGGACCUAUGCAAUUUGUGAACUCCUUGACAAGCAGGGCGUAGACUUGCGCAAAGAAAUGGAUGAACGCCUGCUAGAAAUGGAGGAGCAGUAUCGUCGAGAGCGCGAGGAAAUAGACAGACGUUUUGAUGAACAACGAAGGGAAUACGAAGGACAAAUUCAAGUCCUGCAGGAAAAGGUGGAACAGCAGUCCAUACUCACUUCAAUGGUUCAGGAAGAUUCCGUUUCCGAGGAGGAAACGGAUACUGUUUGGAGUGAUCGCGAAUUCCAGUUGGCUCGAUGGGCUUUUCAGUGUUGGAAACAGUGCGGAUUUACCACCAGAAGGGAUAUUCUGUGGAAUAACGCAGUUCUACUGAAGGAGGCAAAUGUUAUGAGCGUCGAAUUGAAUAAAAAGAUGCAAUAUCAAUUUGUCAUGCUGAGUGACACCCCCUACACACCACUGAAGGACGAAUUGACGGGAGUGAGAAAGUUGUUAAAGUAUCAUGGAAACCGCACAGUUGAUGGUUUAAAUCCCUACCCUACAGCUGAGGAGCCAUCUUCUAACCGAGGUAUUAUUGCUGUUGAAGCCUUCAACACAGCCAACGGUCUCAGCUACAAGUGGAGUCUCCAAACAUUUUAUCAACGUCUAGUUGAAAUGCAAAAGUACUUUCAUGCUGAAGGCGAUCUCUCCACUUGCGCUUUCAAUCAGCUGUACUCACUUCCAAUCAGAAAUGGUUCACUAUCUUCCUGCUCUCUGAAAACUUCCUCUGAAGACGCAUCAAGAGCAGAUGUCAAUGAUGAAAGUGCUGAAAAGGAAAACAAGGAAGAAGACGAUGAGGAGGAUUAUGCUGCAACCACUGAUCCAUUCUACGACAAACUUCCGUGGUUUAGACCCAUUGGAAGGUGUCUCGUCUACCUGACCAAUCUCUACUUCGACCUGUCGCACGAGCAGGAGCUUCCACUAAUCAAUCGCAAUGGUGAACACGUGGGUUUCAUUCGGUUGUUAGUGGAGUCCAGAAAUGACUCAUCGCCACCCCGUUCACCUGCUCCCUCACCUCUCUUUGGACCGGCUUCUCAGGGCGGCCAACGCACAGGUCAUGCCAAACUGCAUUUUAAUGACCUCGAGUAUUUCACCUCGGAGGCUAAUGGCGAUUCCUACUCUGACGACGUUGUUUUUGGAAGGUUUGAGACCAGGCUGAUACCCGAUUGUUUGGAUACCGUAUGUCUGAUCGAAUCUGCCGAUGGAAAAACGCCGAAAGCUCGAGAAGGCCGCUUCUUUCCUGCGGAUAGUACCACGAGUGAAAGCGACGUCAUAACUGAGGAGUGCAGUAGACGUCCAUGGCUGAAUGAAGAAUAUCUUCCUGAACAUCUCCAAAUUGGUGAAGUUUUUUGGUGGAAGAUAACUAUUUUGGCCAUUCGCGGCCUACCCUCCCACUAUACCAGCGUAUUUUGUCAGUUCUCCUUGCCCGGCAAACCGGAUGAAGUGUAUUCAACAGAACCGGUAGAGAACACGAAAGAUGGUGAAAACCUCGAAUUUUGCCAAAUUCAAAAGGUGAAGAAGUCUUUCCUCUUUUACGGUGAACGUAACACGUGCCUUUGUGGAUUGUUUAAUGCGUAA